AUGUUUGAAGAAGGUACUAGAAUUAUAAUGGCCGAUGGUACUUCCAAGGACAUCUCAGAAAUCAUCCCUAAUGAUUUUAUCAUGUGUGAAGAUGGUAGUGCGGCUAAAGUGACAGAGGUUUCCCAAGAUAAUCAAACAACAUAUCAAAUAGUGCAUAAUACUAAACAUAGAGCCAAUGAAGGUGAUGCUGCUAGAAAAGAUCCAUUAAGAAAAGAAAUUUACCAAAGAUUAGAAUUAAAUUGUACCGUUGCACAUGAACUAUCCUUAAGAACACCUGCAACCGUUAAUUUAGAAAAUAGCUUCAGAACAAAUCACUAUAAAGUCAGAUGGAGAAAUCUAGAGGAAACAUUAACUGUCGAUGGUAGAAUGAUUUGUAUACCUAAAAACCACCAUAAAGAUUUCCCAAUGACACCAGAAGGUGAACUUAGUGCAAGAGCUUUCAUGGCAGAAAUGGAAGCAGAAAAUGGUGAAUAUUUCGAAUUUAAUUUACAAGUAAGAGACUUAGAUCUUCUAAGUCCUCAGAUACGUGUUACCUCCUUUUUACAUUUCAAUCCAAUUAUCAAAGGUAAUGGUAUUUUAUCUGAGUUUCUUACUGGUGAGAAACAUCUAAUUACCACUGGUGUUCUUCAAAUGGCAUGGCUUUUAGGUUUAUGGAUUGGUGACGGUACUACUAAAGAACCUGAAAUUACCGUCGACAGUCAUGAUACAGAAUUAAUGAAAGGUUUACAUGAAUGUGGUAAGACCUGGGGAUUAUAUCCAACUUACAAAGACGAAAAAAUUCCUUUAAGAGCAAAACAUGUCAGAUUAUACUAUGGUAAAGAAGCACCAGAGAAUCGUAAAUAUAGACACUUCAGAAAGCACAAUCCAUUCUGGAAUGCAGUUACCUGUUUGAAAUUCAAAAGAGAUGGUGAUGGUGCUAAACAAAUUCCUACAUUCAUGUGGUCCGAAGAUGUUGAAGUAAGAGAAGCCUUUAUGGCUGGCUUAAUUGAUGCUGAUGGUUAUGUAGUAAAGCGUAAAGAAGGUCCUGAUUCUUUCAAAGUUGCAAUUCAAACCAUUUAUCCUUCAAUAAUGAAUGGUGUCAUCAAUAUUUCGAGAUCUUUGGGUAUUAAUGCAACCGUUACUACUAGAUCCGCUAAGCCAAGUAUCAUUGCUGGUCGUAAAGUGAACUGUCAGUUUACAUUUGACUGUAAUAUCGCAGGUCGUGCUCCUCUACAAAGUAUUUUAUCCUAUUGUACAAGUGGUCAUAAAAGAAGAGAUAGACCUGUUUUAAUUGCCAGAGAACCUAGUUAUUUUGGUUUCUUAGAAGAAAAAAGGGACAAACAUGAAGUUUAUGGCAUUAAAAUUAAUUCUCACAAAAGUAUAUUAUUAGAGAAUAAAAUGGCUGUUCCAGUGUGUGGUUCUCAUUGUGAAAAAGAACAACCUAAAUUAACAACAACUAAAAAUUUGAAGCAUUGCAUUGCAUGUCCUAGAAAAGGUGUUAGAUAUUUUUAUAAAGAUUGGACUGGAAAUCACAGAGUAUGUGGUCGUUGUUAUGGCCGUUACAAAUUUAGUGGUUACAGAUGCUUAAACUGUAAAUAUGUGCCAGAAGCUAGAGAAGUUAAGAAAGCCAAAGCUAUCGGAGAAGGUACUGGUAUUACUCCAGAAGGUGUACCAGUCAAAGGGUACUGCUGUAUAAGAUGUAAUGGUAUCUUAACUUUUGACGCUGUUAGAGGUCCUAAAAAGCUAACCGAAGCUAUCUCUAACACUUAA